GGAUCCAUCAGUACCAACAUUACUGUUACCGUUAUGAAGUUAUCGUUAUAAGUACUGUCAAAUCAGGUGAUACCAAUGUAACCUUUACAUGGAUCCCUGUAUCUGGUGUUCCAGUAACUACCUACAACAUCUCCUAUUAUAACACAAACAAGAAGUGUUUCUUUGACAAUAGAACCAUUAGUGUUGGGAACGAAACUCUCAACUACACUCUGCAAGUACAGGAAUGGACCAAAUAUUCGGUUAAAGUGGAGGUUGUUCAUGAAGGUCGUGUUAUAGGUAGCAAUGAGACUGUGGUUACUACCAAGCCAGUAGCUCCAUCUGCUGGUCCCUCUUCUGUGAGUGUGGUUGGUGUUACAUCAUCCACCAUCACUGUGAUGUGGGGAAGUGUCCCAUGUAUCCACCAGAAUGGAGACAUCACUGGCUACUCAGUCCAGUACAGAGCAGUGGGGAGUGAGAACAAGGAUACCGUGGAAACCAGUGAAACUGAAAUUACUCUACUAAGUUUGACACCAGAAACAGACUAUGAGAUAAGUGUGGCUGCUGUUAAUACUGAAGGAAUCGGAGUUAGCACAAACACCUCAGCAACAACUUCAGCAGAGAGAGCUACUAGCACAAACACUUCAGCGACAACUCCAGCAGAGAGAGCUACUAGCAUCAGCAGUUUAGCAGUGGCAGCGCCCACAAGUGGAGCAGUUAUUGGGGUUCUCCUACUAAUUUUGCUCCUUGCAGUUUUACUAAUCGUCUUUGUCAGGUGGAGGAGAAGUCACAGAGGAUCAGUGAAAGUGAAAUCCAAACCACUGCCACCUCCCAAACCAUUGAAGGAGAGAGAAGAGGAAGAGAAGGGAGGGAGUCAGAGUGGACUGGAGAUGAAAGAUUUUGAGGAAAGCAAUGAGGAAGAGAAAGAAUACUACUUUGAAGAUCCAUCCAACAUAGUUGUUUCUCGCAGUGAUGUCCCUGUGGCUGAGUUCCCGGAAUAUGUGAAAUUGUUGCAUCAAGACAGAGACCGCAAACUGGAGGUCGAGUACAAGUCAUUGGAAAAGCUUCCUGCGGCAUCUACGGAAGCUGCAAAACUCGCCUGCAACAUCAGUCACAAUAGAUUCAAAAACAUCUUCCCCUAUGAUCACAGCAGGGUCCAGUUGAAGGGAAAUCCAGCAGAGAAGGGCUCUGACUACAUCAAUGCUUCAUUCAUUGAUGGGUAUCCAGAGAAGAAGAAAGCUUACAUUGCCUCACAAGGCCCAACGGAGCUGACAGCCAACAGAUUCUGGGAGAUGGUGUGGGACUAUCAGAUCCCUACCAUUGUCAUGCUCACUCGCUGCGUUGAGGACGGCAAGGAGAAAUGUGUGCAGUAUUGGCCAGAUCAGACCAACACUUCAGUUACACGUGGAAAGUUCGACAUCACUGUUACCUCAUUGGUACCCUCUGCCGAGUAUCAGAUCAGAAAGAUACAGCUCAAAUCAAAGUCUGACCCAGAACAUGAGAGGACUGUCACCCACAUGCUCUACACAGCCUGGCCUGAUCACGGAGUCCCUCGCAACGCCAUGUCCCUCAUCUCCUUCAUCCAUCGCGUCCGCAAGGAACACCCGGCCUCCCUGACCACGCCCCUCCUGGUCCACUGCAGUGCCGGGGUGGGAGGACCGGUACUUUCAUCCUCCUGGACGUGGCCAUGCAGCAGAUGAAGAGGGAGGGGACACUGAGUGUCUUCCAACGCCUCAAGAACAUGAGGACUCAGAGAAUGAAGCUGGUUCAGACCCAGGCUCAGUACGUCUUCAUCCAUGAUUCCCUCAGUGAACUAGUGGUGUGUGGAGAAACCGAUGUGGCCGCUGGUAAUAUCAGGAUCAGGAUGAUGCAGCUACAGAAACCAGUACCUGGUGGUCUCAUUGGCUUCCAGAAACAGUUUGAGACCCUGGAGGAAGUUAGCUCUCAGUGCGAGGCCUCUUACCAGGAGGCAAAGGCCAAGUACAAUGCAGGGAAAAACAGGUUCCCUGACAAGCUACCGAAUGAGUUGGGUCGUGUGAGGCUGAGGUUUGGUCCAAAACCUGGCUCCGACUAUAUCAAUGCAUCUUUCAUUGACGGGUAUAAACAACGGAAGGCCUACAUAGCCACCCAGGGACCAAUGGAAGGGACAGUGGCUGAUCUAUGGAGGAUGAUCUGGGAACACAACUGCAGCUGCAUCGUCAUGCUCUGUCAGACACAGGAGAAGGGACAAGUGAGCAGUCAUUGUUUCUGGCCAGAAGGGGAGAAAGAAGAGGCGGUGUACGGGAAGCUAAGGGUGGGAGUGAAGAGAGUGAGCCAUCACGGUGACAUCAUUGAGAGGAAGCUGGAAGUGGAGGACACGGAGGGGAGGGGAGGGGUUCAGAAGACUGUGAGUCUCAUGCAGCUGAGCAGCUGGCCUCCCGGAGAGCUGCCUCACCCCACGGCCAUCUUGUCUCUGGUGGACCUGCUCACUAAGGCACAGAGGGGCAGCCCCGGCAGACACACUGUAGUCAUGUGCAGUGAUGGAGUAGGAAGGACGGGGACAUUCAUCUGUAUCCACUCCCAACUGGAGAGACUGAAGACUGAGGGCGUGGUCGAUUUCUUCCAGGCUGCAAAAUCCGCUCGCAUCCAACGAGCAGCCCUCAUCCCAGAUGCUGCUCACUACGCCUUCUGCCAUGACGUGGUCGCCACCUACAUGGACAGUUUUGAGACUUACGCCAACUUCAAAGAAGUUGUGAGACUCCAGCGCGUUCGCGGGGCGGUCAGAAAACAGGCCGCGGAGGACAAAGAGGACGACCCGACCGAACGCGAUCAAAGCCUGGUCAACAUACACGAAGACAAUUUCUUCCGGGACGAGAUAGAUGAUUUCCACGACGCCAAAGAAAGAUUGCUACUCGAAGGCGAUAGUGGCAGUUCUGAGGACGAUGGAUUGAGUGUUGACGAAGAAGAGGUGCUUGGAUUGAGCGAGGAAGAGGAAAGUGAGGGGGAGGAGGAGUUUAAGCUGCCACCUGCCCUACAGAGGCAGUUUCUUGCCAGCGAUGAUGAGGAUCCUUCGGAAAAACAUCAAACAGAAAUGUCCGACAAGGCGUGGGGGCGGAAAAGGAAAACAUUCUAUGCAGUCGAAGGUGAGGAUGAGUUGAGUGGGUCGGAAGGCUCGGAGAUGGCGGCAGAGUUGGAGGAGAAGGAGGCCAUUGCUCUGCAGCAGAGAAUGACCGCUGCCAUCAGCGAGGCAGACUUCAUGGCUCAACCCUACCUGAAGAGGAUGGGGAGCAGGAAGAUGGAGCAGAGAAGGAGGAACAUGUGGCGCAGGAUUUCUCAAAGAUGUCACGAGAAGACAAGUUGGCACUGCUAGAGAAGGAUUCCCCGAGCUAGUCGAUCUUCUGGAGGACUUUGACUUCAACAUGUCAGAGACGGUGGAACUGCUCGAUUCCAGUCCAGAGUGGCAAAGACUCGCCUACCUUCACUGACGAGGGAAGAGAAUAUUUGGACUGCAAGCUGCAUCUCGAUCUUCUGUAUUGCAUGAACAUAAUGUUCUACCUCUACCUGAAAGCGUCGGGUCUGCCUGUCAAAUCUCACCCAGUCAUCCAGCGCAUAGUUCAAAUCAAAAAGAUGAUUGGUCAGUUGGAGCCACUGGCCAGCGAAAUGCAAAGGCAGAUCGAGGCUCUUUUAUCCUCUCUGAAUUCUGAAACACCAGAGGAAAAUCCAGCUAUGGACCAAUAUUCAGCAGUGGAAGAUGGUGUUAGUAAAAAGCACGAAAGAGAAAACAAGGAGUGAGAGAAAGGAAAUUGAAACCGAGAUCAAAUCCGUGAAGAAGAAGUGCCAAAUUUCUGGGGUGAGAAUGUCCAGUCUGGGUUAGUUGAAGAGGAUCCACUGGAUUACUAUGACAGGGUUUUGGAAGAGAAGAAGAGAAAGAGAGAGCAGAGAAUGAGAGAAGAAGAAAGGAAGAGGCAGAGGAGAAGAAGGAAGCCGACCUUGAUGAGGGAGAAGAUGGAAAAAGAGCCGUCACUUACCAGAUAUCUCGCAAUAGAGGGCUGAUUCCACAGAGGAAGAAGGAGCUGAGGAAUCCUCGAGUGAAGCAUAGGAACAAGUUCAGAAAGGCCUUGAUCAAGCAUAAGGGCCAGGUGCGUGAGGUAAUGAAGGAGCUCCAUCGCUACGGAGGUGAAUCCUCUGGCAUCAGAGCCAACGUCUCACACAGCAUCAAAAUCAAAUGAACCAACUUUACUCAUGUCAUAAAACACUUUCAUAAUAUCUUCUUUUUCACGUGUAAGAGAGUGUUGCUACAUCGUAAGGGUGU